ACACAGCAGCAGCGCCAACGAGAAGGAACACUCGACUGAGAACAUCCACAGAACCAACAUAUUGACAACAAUGGCUGAAGUGGAGAAGCGCCGAGAGCUGAGAACAGAUCUAGUUGUCGAGACCCUGGCCUUACUCCACACCAAAUAUCGUAAUUCACUCAGUGACCUUUCCUCCGAUCACGAAGCAGACUUGACGAUUGAUGAGAUCAACCAGAAAAACGACCUCAUCAAUCAACUCGAAUCAAGCCUUCUACCCUCACUCAAGCACCAGACCACGACUCUAUCACGCUCACUCGGCCUCAACGAUCUUAGAAAUCAUCAUCCUGACCCAGAACCUGAGUUGAUUUUGAGAAACGCAUCAAAUUUCGAUGAGGCUUUAAAAGAGGUCGUAUAUACUGCUGAGAACAUUAUCCUCGAAUCACCUCUGCCGGCCGAAACUCAUGACCAUCACUUCAACCGCUGCAAACGAUUUCGAUUUUCGUGUCUACGGUCUAGACUCAGAACAUUGGUCCACGGAAAUCUGUUGAAUCUAUUUGGGAAAUCUAUCGAGCUUCUCCGACUCUGGCAACUCUCAAAUAGUCCUUCAGAAGACUCAGAACAUCAAACCAAGAUAUCUAAGACCAAGGAAUCAACACUCUUGAUCGUAGAUGGUUCGCUUGGAUUGAUCGAUCAGAUCAUCAACAUGCUACCAAAAUCUGAUCUUGCGCUUCUUCAAGAAGAGUGGCCAGUAGCAACAAAAUCGCUCAAUACUGUACUAGAGUUUACAACUCUUAUCACCCAUCCUACGGAUGGGUCAAGCCAGAGAGGGGAUAUGGUUGAUAGUGGAGGCGAUGAAAAGAAGAGAGAAGAUAUUGCGAGAUGGGCUCGAUCGACUCUACCGCUCAUCAAGCUAACCAGACUAUUCUUGCACAAGAUCUCAAAGAGUUACACCAACCAAUUGCCGUUCACGAUGGAUAAAUCGAUCAAUAGCAAAACGCUCAAUCGAUUACGUCUAGCUCCUUUAAUAAUCGCUCAAAUAUUCAAAGGGUUACUCAAGAACUUAUGGAUCGAUUAUCGGUUGAAUCGAGUGAUCACUGAUCAAGAUCAGAUUCGGGCUUCCUUCAACAAACUCACCGAAACCUUGGAAUCUACCUUACUCCUCUUAUCCUUCUAUCUCAUUCCUUUACCCCACACGUGGGAAAAGUUUCCUUUGGAAGAAAGUCCCUUCAAGCUUUGGUUUCUUGAGUUGACUGAACUAUGGCAUCGGGCUCGUGAUCAUUCCUUGGGUGCCCUUAGCUCCGCUGGAGCUGAAAAUGAAGAAUUACGAGAGCAACCAUAGUCAGAUAACAAAGAAUAAUACAUUCAAUAUCACAUGUAGAAAUAAGAACUCUUGUUUAGUUCUUACCCUGCUGCUCAUUGUUGGACUUUCAUGAUGCUUUGACAUUCCCUCAGAUGUCUAAAGUGAAAGAAGAAUGACUGCUUGGCUAUUAUGUAUAAUUUUUCUUGGGCCUAACUUCUUGAUUAAAGAUGUGAUCUGCUGAUUAGUGGGAAUGGUGUCUUUUUCUCCUUUGGCUUUGAACCAUAUACUAUUGUGUGAUAUCCAAAAAAUGUAUUUCUAACUGUUUCUUCUUUGCCCAUUGGUAGCACUUGAUCGGCAUCAAGUGACUAGAUACUUAAGGCAUGGACUCC